CUCGAGCCAGAGAACCGGAAAUGAGGCCGCUAUAAAGUACUUCGCAAAUUCAGCACUGACUGGAGUUAAAGAAUAUUUUUCAGCAAGAACAGGUCCGAGUCCAGUCUGGGAUUUCUCUGCAUCACUUGGGAUAUUGGAGAACGAUGUCUUACCUCCAGAAGCUCUUCAAAUAUGUGGACGACCACCAGGACGACUACGUUAAGCGCCUGUCUGAGUGGGUGGCAGUGCAGAGUGUGUCUGCCUUGCCAGAGAAACGAGGAGAGAUCAAGAAGAUGAUGGAGAUGGCAGCUAAAGACAUAGAGAGACUUGGGGGCAGUGUGGAGCUGGUGGACAUUGGCAAAGAGAAGUUGCCAGGGGGGGUGGAGAUUCCCCUUCCUCCCAUAAUCCUGGGCCGGCUGGGCUCAGACCCGGGGAAGAAGACCGUAUGCAUCUACGGUCACCUGGACGUCCAGCCAGCGAACAUGGAGGACGGAUGGGACACGGAACCUUUCACUCUGGUGGAGAAAGAUGGUAAACUUUAUGGCCGUGGGUCUACAGAUGACAAGGGCCCUGUGCUCGCCUGGUUCAAUGUCAUCGAGGCCUUUCAGAAGAUAGGACAGGAGCUGCCAAUCAAUAUCAAGUUCUGCUUCGAGGGUAUGGAGGAGUCUGGCUCAGAGGGACUAGACAAGCUGGUGUUGUCGCGCAAGGACUCCUUCUUCAAGGACGUGGACUACGUCUGCAUCUCUGACAACUACUGGCUGGGCAAGAACAAGCCCUGCAUUACCUACGGCCUGCGAGGAAUCUGCUAUUUCUAUAUUGAUAUCCAUUGCUGUGAUAAAGAUCUCCAUUCUGGAGUGUUUGGAGGAUCUGUUCACGAAGCCAUGACAGACCUGAUUGCACUCAUGGCCACUCUGGUGGAUAAGAAGGGGAAGAUCCAGGUGCCAGGGAUCUACGACCAAGUGGCUAAACUCACCGACGAGGAGUUGAAGCUCUAUGACAAAAUUGACUUUGACAUGGAAGAAUAUGCUAAAGACAUGGGUGCUUCUCGUCUGUUGCAUGCCACAAAGCCACAAGUGCUGAUGCACCGCUGGAGGUACCCAUCUCUCUCGUUGCAUGGCAUCGAGGGAGCCUUCUCGGGCAGCGGCGCAAAGACUGUUAUCCCCUGCAAGGUCAGCGGCAAGUUCUCCAUACGCCUGGUCCCGGAUAUGGACCCCGACUUGGUGGAGAAACAAGUGAUCUCCUACUUGGAGAAGAAGUUCGCUGAGCUGGAAAGCCCCAACAAGAUGAACAUCAGCAUGGGCCAUGGAGCCAAGGCCUGGGUGUCUGAUUUCAACCAUCCCCAUUAUAUGGCUGGCAGAAAGGCCAUGAAGACUGUGUUUGGAGUGGAGCCUGACCUGACCCGGGAGGGAGGAAGCAUCCCAGUGACCCUGACCUUCCAGGAGGUCACAGGACGCAACGUUAUGCUGCUCCCCAUCGGAUCUUCAGAUGACGGGGCUCACUCGCAGAAUGAGAAACUCAACAGGUCAAACUACAUCCAAGGGAUCAAGCUGUUGGGAGCUUACUUCCAUGAAGUAUCUCAGCUGAGCUAACUGGGCCUACUUAGAGCAACAAUACAGCCAGGUUGUCGUAACAAUAAUAUCAAAAUGCAUUACCAAAAUACCAAGGAGUUUUGUUAAUGGAAUGUCUGUCUAGUGUAUUUGCCAGUUGCUAUCACUGCCUUCAGAGCAGAGAACUAUAUCAAAUGAAGGGGAUUUGGGAUCUAAUUUUCAGUUGUCGUGUGAAAAGGGUGGUCCUGGUUUUGUGCACCGCGAUGUCGGGAAAUUUCACAGAUUAGCCUCAUCAGUUGGCCCUUGUCCAUUUACUUAUACAAGGUGCUUCAUACAUCUAUACAGUACUCUAUACAUCCACACAUGAAUGAGCCUGUGUUUGACUUGGCUUAAAUCAGACACAUUAAUACCAUUUUAUUCUAUGUCCUUAAAGUGGCUUUAAUAUGCUUCUGAGGAGGCAGAGGGGUGUGGUUUGUGGCAGUAAUUUUUAAUGAUUGCCAUUAGCAUGGAGCUCCCCACCUGCUGCUCUCUCUCACUGUGCUUAACCCAGCCCUGCUCAAACCUCCACCUCUCUUGGGCGGGACUGGUCCCAGCACAUGGUUUCUCCUCCUCCAAGUCUGUGUGCUCUACACUGUGCUGGAACUAUGACUGUUGAGACCCCUUCUUUUGUGUCCUGUACAUUGCCAUGUAUGCAAGCUCAUAUCCCUAAACGAUAAAAGCAUGAAUCAUUCA